UACAAAUAUAACUAAUUUGAAAAUAAGAUGCCAAACUACGCAUUUGUAAAGUUAUUUAGGAAGUGAUUCAUGACAGAAGACCUUGAUGAGGACCUAAUCUCGAAUGAUAGACAAUCUUGGUUGAACAAGUUGGAUUAUUUCAGAGCCAAGCUCGGAAUGAAGAAGAAGAGCAAGAGAAUUAGUGGCAAGGAUAUUGCCUUCAGCAUUGUCCUAGAGCUUCUUUCUGACGAAGCAAUGACAAUGGAUAUUAAUGCACUAGACGUAAACUGAACUAAUAAUGAUGUUGAAAUGUUUAUUCCCCAAUUUUGCCAUUAUAUUGUUGGUGGAGGAAGAUAUUCAGGAGCAGUUGAGAAGUUUAUACUCCAGAGAGCUAGCAACUCACCUAUUUUUGCCCUUCAUAUUUUGUGGAAUUUUUUGCAAAGCCUAGAAGCUGGAGGAGAGUCUAUCCCAAUGAAGACUCUUGAAUUUUUGCAAAUUUUAACUGAGUGAGGUAAAAAUGCUAUCGAAAGGAAACAUAGCUCUUUCUUGUUCCAAAACGAGGAGAGCAAGUUCCCAUAUACUUUCUAUAAUGGAUUGACGUUUCAGUAUGAGGAUCCACUUCCAGAAAUUUCCCUGAUGACGAAAUUAAAUUAUAAGCAUAACUAUGAUCUUUUCUUCAGCACUCCGAACUUUCUUUCCGAUUUGAUAGGCAUAUCAGAGUGCCUUCGUACUGUUGCUGUUGAGGAUAGGCUUAAAACUUUGAAGUCUUUGAUUUCAAAUCUCAAUCUAAGUUUGCCAAACAAUGUAUAUUUACCUCUGAAAUCUUGAUCUGACCACAAGGUUUUACAGAUCAGUCUUGAGCAUUGUAUUUGCCUUCAUUCUAACGAAAAAGCACCUUUCCAUGUUCUUAUCGAGAUUGAGAGAUUUUAUAGUGAAGCAGACACAGUUACCAUGAGAAAGGCAGGAAAAAGCCAGUCAAGUGGAUACAUUGUUGGCAAAGAUAUGAAGCAAGGACUUCUGCUUGAAACAGAGAAUAGUGGCGAUUCUUACGAGGACGACGAAACAGCAAGCUUGAGAGGGUCUGGUGGUAGUGAUUUCUCUGACUCUAAUGGGGCAAACCCAUUUGAGGUUGUGAAAGACCCAGUCAAGUCUUUUAUGGAGCCCACUCUGUCCCAGAGUCCAUCCCACCAAACAACUCAAUAUUCAGCUCAGGGAUAUAGACUUGCUCGAUCUAGGAAGAAGAAGUCUCCUCUUUGGAAACAAAUACUAUGAUGUCAAUGUAGUGAACAAGGGGAAAUGGUUCCCAUUGUUGAUAACAGUAUGGAUUUCAAUAGUGUAGAAGACAUCAAUACUGUCUCUCAGCCCAUCGGCCUCUUCGGAGAGCGAUCAUUCGAAUCAGUCAAGAAGCAAAUGAGGGAAGAAUCUAAAUAUGGAGAGAAUAAUAACUGGGAUGUAAUCUCAGUUAUUGUAAAAAGCGGGGAGAAUAUCCAACAAGAAAAAUUUGCUGCUUACUUAAUGGAGAUGUUUCUUGACAUUUUUAAAGAAGCUAAACUGAAAUGCUGGCUGAGACCUUUUACAAUCCUCGCUACAUCACCUAUUGGAGGCAUUGUUGAGACAAUUACAGAUGCUGUCUCCAUCGAUAAAUUAAAAUAAAUCCUACCCAGAAAUGGAUUGUUUGAGAAGGUAUUAUGUUAAAACCUUUGGAUCAGUUAAAUCCAAAACUUUUAAGAAAGCUAGGCGUGCUUUUGUCAGAUCCCUCGCAGGUUAUUCACUGCUGUGCUACAUACUCCAGAUCAAGGAUAGGCAUAAUGCCAAUAUUCUAAUUGACUCUAAAGGACAUGUAGUUCAUGUAGAUUUUGGUUUUAUGCUUUCAAAUAGUCCAGGGUCAAUGAACUUCGAAGCAUCCUCUUUUAAGCUCACUAAUGAAUUCGUGGACAUAAUGGGUGGCCAAAGAUCACAAGCUUUGAGACAAUUCAAGGCAUUGAUGAUUAAAGGCUUCAUUGCACUCAGGAAGCACGCUGAGCACAUUAUCUCCUUCGUUGAAAUGACUAUGAUGUCAAACAAAAAUCUAUCAUGCUUCUCAAGAGGCUCUAUCAUUCUAAACGAGAUGAGGGAGAGAUUCAAGCUUGAUCUCUCCGACACAAAUGCUAAGAAGUUCAUGUACGAUCUCAUCGAGAACUCUACCGAUCAUUGGAGAACAAGAUGGUACGACAAAUACCAGCGCUUGUGUGUUGGUGUGUGGUAAUAGUUAAUUUUAGAAAUUAGGCUUACAAUACUUGGCCAC